CCGUCGGUGACGCGCGCGGCUCGGGCGCGGGCCCGCCCUUCAAUGUGUCCCGCGCGAGCAUGAGUGCGCGCACAGCAGCGGCGUCCGGAGAUCCCGGGAAAGGGUCAGUGCGAGCUCUCGGCCGGUGCCCGGCUCCCUGCCCCCGUUAGUACCCCCCGUCCCCCGGCCAUGGAGCAGAGCUGGUUCCCCACUCACCUCAGGGUGACAGUGAUCGGGGCCCGCAACCUGCGCGCCAAGGGUAAGGAAGGCCUCAACGACUGCUACACGGUGAUCCGCCUGGGCAGUGACAAGUACAUGACCUCGGUACAGAGCGGUACCCUGAGCCCCGAGUGGAAGGAGGAGUGUACCCUGCAGCUGCCCUUGGUCCUGGAUAACUCGGACAGGUGGACGCUGCACCUAACGGUCAAACACAACAACAGCCGCCUUCCCGUCGACGCCUUCCUGGGUCACGUGGCGCUGCCCAUCGCCCAGCUGUACGAGGACAAGAGCAGGAGGCGGAGCGAAUGGUAUGAUCUCCAGUCAAAACCAAACAAAGUGGCAAAGAACAGAGGUCAGCUGCAACUUGCAUUUGAGUUCCUACGUAACAACACGACAGCAAGUUCGUAUGAGUUAUUCAAGAGAAGACCUCAAUCUGUGUUUGAUAAGUUUAAGGACAAAGUAACUUCAAUAAAGUAUGGAAUGACUCAUGAGAUUUUACCAUCAGAAAAGCCCAGCACUAGCCUCAAGCAUCACAAAAAUGGAAAAAUGUCGAAAUCUCUCAGUUACGCGCAAAUGGACUCCAGGGCUGAAAUGUUAAAUGCAAAAGGGAUAGGCACGCAAACUGGAUCGGAGGUUCUCUCUCUCGUUUUCCAUAAACACUCUGGGGAUGAGCAACCUAAGGUACAUCUGAAUAAGGCAGAUGUCCAUACAGACUCUGCAGAUCAAAGCCAGUCACACAAAAUCGCAACUUUGAAGCUGGAGGAAGCAUCUGCGUUAAAGCUACAUUCCAACAAUGUUGAACAUAAUAUGUUUCCUAAAUGUGCUACUGAAGCUGACAGGUCCUAUGUCUCAGCCACUUACAGCUCUCCACUGGAAAAGACAAAACCCCACCACUUUGAAGAUAACCCAAGGUUAACAUCUUUUGUAAUCGCUGGUGAAGGUCGAGAUGUUUCAUUUGAGGGAUGGAAAGUAAAGCCUACAACUUGUUGCACCCAUUGUUUCCAUCAAGCUAAUUCAAAAAGCAGGUGAUAGCUUUAACACGUCCCCAUAGCACACUGUUCACACCCCCUUGGGAGUUGCAGCAUCUUUACGAAAGAACACCUCAACAUACCUUUCUUUAGAUAUGUUCAAUAAAGCGAUGGUGCGCACUAUGUCUUUUUCUUCAUUGAAGCAAAUAUUGAGA